UUCACGCGCUUAUUCAAAGGGAAGGUGAGCGUAAAGUAUGAAGCUCCGCUGAAAAGUCCCCAAAGUGCUCGGAUUAAGCCGCCAGAAGACUGCAGGGUCCCCUUCGUUAACAUAUUCUCAUCGAAAAAAAUUGAUUACCGACAAGAUGAUGUCUGAUGCCAGUGAGAUGUUGGCUGCGGCCUUGGAGCAAAUGGAUGGGAUCAUAGCAGGCUCCAAGGCCAUCGACUACUCCAAUGGCCUGUUUGACUGUCAGUCGCCCACGACACCUUUCAUGGGUGGCCUUCGGGUGCUGCACCUGCUGGAGGACCUGCGAGCAGCACUGGAGCUCAUGGAAAACGAGGAAAGGAACAACCUGCGCUGUCAGAUUCCUGAUUCCACUGCAGAGGGGCUGGCAGAGUGGCUACAGGGAGGAAUGUCUAACGUCCACGGUUCAGAGGCGGUUUACCAAGAACGCCUAUCUCGACUAGAGAGUGACAAAGAGUGUCUUAUUCUUCAGGUCAGUGUUUUAACAGACCAGGUGGAGGUGCAAGGUGAAAAGAUUCGGGAUUUAGACAAUAAUCUGGAUCAUCAUCGAGAGAAACUCAACGCUGCUGAGGAGCUUCUCCAACAGGAGCUGGUGAACCGGACGGCACUGGAGACCCAGAAGCUGCAGUUGAUGACUGAGGUGUCCAGCUUGAAGCUGAAGCUAACGGCUUUGGAGAAGGAUCACGAGGGCAAUGAGGGCUUGUACCAGGAAGUGACAGACCUGCGGUUCAGGGUGACGGACAUAGAGAAUGAAAGACUGCAGUGUGAAAAGAAACUCAGAACGACCAAACGUCUAAAGUGGACCCGUGAGCUUCUUACUGGAGACGAGCUGAAGGAGGAGCUGCAGCUUCUGCAGGACGAGCUGGAUGAGCGAGAGGAGGAGCUGGGGAUGUUGAGGGACGAGAGAAGACUGAAGCUGGAAAUGCACAGCAGAACUGAGGGGGUAGAAAGAGAUACUGAAAUGUUGAAGAUGAAGAGGGUGUUGGAGUCUCUGACGUCGGAGAAUGAUGAGAAGGAAAGAAGGAUAAAGGAGCUCAGUGAGUCACUUACAAAGUACAAGAGCAUAAAAGAGAAGAAGCAGGAAGACGACUACGACGAUAUCCUUGAUGAUCCCUCGGUUUCUGUAUCCAUGGAGGUGGAUCAGGUCACCCUGGAGCUGGAGGGGGAGGCAGGAAGAAUCUCCGGCGAGUCUACUCCUUGCAUAGCAGUGCUGUCUGAGAUGAACGAACUGGACAGAGAACGGCAGCAACGAGCAGGCCAGAGUUCAUUCGAUGAAACGAGGAGCGGAGACCAGGCUAAAACUAAACCAGGACCAGCUUCUUCUGCUGCGACUAAAGGAAAUGGUGGUGAGGGGAGUUUUGGCAGCAAGAAGGCUCGCACCUCGUUCGGCCGCGGCUUCUUUAAGCUGCGCGGAGGCAAACGUACAGCCAGCGCCCCCAACCUUGCUGAGUCAGAAAGCAAAGGCACAGAUCACCUGGACCUGGCCGGCGUCGCCCCGCAGAGAUCCCGCGACGCAGCUCCUCUGCCAUCAUCUCCAGAAACCAAGAAGAAGUCCAGAGGGUUGAAGAAGUUUUUUGGCAGGCUAAAGAGGAGUCACUCCACCUCCCUGAACCUCGAUGAUGCUGAAAUGGAAUUCAGAAGAGGCGGAGUCAGAGCCACCGCCGGCCCUCGACUCGGCUGGUCGCGCGAAUCCAAACCCAACGCUGCUGACGUCCAUUUCUCCCGCUGGAGUAAUGAGGACGUGUGUGUGUGGCUUCACGAACAAGGACUCGGGUUGUACGUUGCUCAGGGACAGAACUGGAUCAAAUCGGGACAAACUUUACUGCAGACGUCACAACACGAUCUGGAGAAGGAGAUGGGCAUGAAGCAGCCUCUCCACAGGAAAAAGCUGCAGCUCGCUCUGCAGGCUCUCGGGUCAAAGGAGGACGAUCUAAAGGGCAAACUGGACCACAACUGGGUGACCAGAUGGCUGGACGACAUCGGCCUCCCGCAGUACAAGAGCAGCUUCGAUGAAGCGCGAGUGGAUGGACGCAUGCUGCACUACAUGACCGUGGAGGACCUGCUCUCUCUGAAGGUGGGCAGUGUUCUUCAUCACCUCAGCAUCAAGAGGGCCAUCCAGGUGCUUCGUCUCAACUUCUACGACCCCAACUGUCUCAGGCGACGGCCGUCUGACGAGAACAACUUCACGCCAGCGGAGGUCUCCCAGUGGACCAACCACAGGGUGAUGGAGUGGCUGCGCUCGGUGGAUCUGGCAGAAUACGCCCCGAACCUGCGGGGGAGCGGCGUGCACGGAGGGCUGAUGGUGCUGGAGCCUCGUUUCAACGUGGAGGCUCUCGCCCUGCUGCUCAACAUCCCUCCUAACAAAACCCUGCUGAGGCGCCACCUGGCCACUCACUUCCACCUGCUCAUCGGCUCGGAGGCGCAGCGCCGCAAACAGGACUUCCUGGAAAACCCCGACUACUCGGUCCUCACGGCCACCGCCAAGGUCAAGCCGAGACGCCUGUCGUUUGGUAGCUUCGGGACUCUGAGGAGGAAACGUCCGGAGGAUUGUGAGGAAUACAUCUGUCCCAUGAACGUGGAAAUGCCCACGAACAGCAGCUUCCAGAGGAGCGCCUGCAUCUAUGAGGAUCAUCUCGACAACUUGGAACAGAUGGAAGACUCUGAAGGAACGGUCAGACAGAUUGGAGCUUUCUCGGAGGAAAUCAACAAUCUGACGAGCAUGUUGAAGGAGGAAGAGUUGUUCGGGGAGAUCUCGCUUUGCUCUUCGGAGGAUGGCAGAACAGCAACACACAAGUCCAACUGAGAGAACGUGAGACUUUGAUUCACACAAAGAUCCUUAGAUUUCAUGACCAUUUAAAUAUUUAUUGAAGUUUUCUUGAGUAUAAUGCAUGAUUUAUCAAUGUAAUGCCUUAUUUUAGUCUCGUCAGGACUUGGUUGUGUUUAACUUUUUUUUUUUUUUUUUUUAAAUGGUACGGAAGAUAUCAGCUUGUUGGAAAGAAGCUACAUUUUAAAUGUAUUUGUUUGGGUUUUGACUUUACUGGCAGACACAGAUACUCAUCGUUAAUGUCAAAACCUCGACAAAUGGAAAAGGGUCUGGCUGCAGACCUCCAUGGUGGGACCUCUUUCAGAACAGGAUUCACUCAUAAACCUGGAAGUAACAGAUUUAAAAGGAAAAUGCAUGUUUACACAUGGUCAACAUUACAAGUUUGUUUUUGUUUUUUUUACACAAAGUUGCUAAAUAAGUGUCAGAUUACCAUUGAUGGUUAAGUAACGAUCCUAAAUUGAAAGAGACCCCACUGAGAUCAACAUGCUGUAACCAGGUUAAAUAUCACAUCUCAAGUUGACUUAAUAACGUUACAUCUCUUUUUCUUAAUGGAAACACUUAACUAGUCGACCUUCUUUAAACAAGAUGACAUGUUGGUUUAUAUUUAUGAAUCAAUAUAAGUGCAUGUCCCUGAAGGUCCUAAAAGACAAUCACUGAAACCAAAGGCAACAUGUUUAAGUGUUAUAGAUGUACUCUGCUUGUUUUUAAAUUUUUGAUAAUAAAAAUGAAAAACUCA